AUGUCAUUGAGGAAGAGAAAUACCGUCAUCAGCACGUCCUCGUCGGCAGCUGCAGCACAAGUGAAAGCAGAAAAUGUAUCCAUCCCUGGGCUGCGUCCGUCACCCCUCGACGGACGGCCGACUACAUCCACAGGAACUGCAUCAUUGGACACUUUGCUCGCAGGCCACUCCGGGUUGCCUAUGGGUACAUCGCUCCUCAUAGAAGAACAUGGCACUACUGACUUUGCCGGCAUCCUGCUCCGAUAUUAUGCUGCCGAAGGUCUUGUGCAGGGCCAUCAAGUCCACGUGUUGGGCAUGCAUGAGAGUUGGAAGACGGAAUUGCCAGGUAUUGCAGCCGAGUCGAGAUCAUCUGCAAAGUCUGAGACUAGUGCCAGUGACAAAAUGAAGAUUGCCUGGAGAUAUGAGAGUCUGGCGUCCGUGGGUACCCCCAGAGACGCGCCUCAAAGACCAGCCAGUGCCUCGGCAGGCUCUCCGAGCGUCUUUUGUCAUUCCUUUGAUUUGACGAAGCGUUUAUCUCCUGCGCAUGUCAAAGGACAGAUCACGUUCAACCCCUCGAUGAGCAUGCCCAGUCCGGGGAGACAGCCCAAGGACUCUGUAUCUCCCCUCAAGGCAUUCCUCAGGGACAUCGCUGCAAAGGUUGCAAGCUCACCGGUGACGACAAUUCACCGUGUGGCAAUACCAAAUCUACUAUCACCAACCAUGUACUCGAGUUCGCUAUGCCGACCCGACGAAGUCUUGCAAUUCUUGCACGGGUUGCGAGCGCUGUUGAGACAGAAUGCAGCAAAGCUCACUGUUGUCAUGACUCUUCCGCUCUCGCUAUACCCGCGUUCUACUGGACUCACACGGUGGAUGGAAUUACUGUGCGAUGGUGCGCUUGAGCUCAUCCCGUUGCAACUCGACGCAGUCCAUGCACCUCCACCAGACUCCAAGUCCGACUCAAAAUCAGAAGAGAAGACGCAAGGUCUAUUGAAGGUCCACAGCUUGCCUGUUCAUCAUGAAAAGGGUGGUGGUUCUGACGGACACACGGGCGAGGACAUGGCCUUCAGCCUGAGCCGUUCGAAAGGCUUAAUCAUCAAGCCAUUUGUGCUACCACCCAUGCUGGAAGACGAAGAGAAGGAGAAAAACCCGGCGUCGACUACCAAGACAACUUCUUCUUCAUUAACCAACCAGCAAAGUCAAGGACUGCUGCAAACUGCUGCAAUGGCGUCAGAGACUGUCGCACUGCCGAUUCGGAUCUCCAAGGUCACCGACAGAUAUCUCGUCUUCGACAUUGACGAUAUCAUGUAUUUGCGCCGGCAUCAUAAUAUUUGCUCUCCCUUUGUGGGGACUAUGCCUCAAGCUCCGUCACAAAGCGUGUUCAUGGGACUGCCUGUCGAGCUUAUGGUAGAAGAGGCCAUGGUGCUUGUCGGCAAGAAGGCAGCCUAUGUCGUCGAUGACUCUGUUUUCCAUCCCUCGCGCAUACCAUCCCUGGACCCCACCUCGCGUGCCGCUUACCUGCAGGCCAUCAAGACCGACGGUACUCGUGCAGCCACAGCUGCGCGUGAGCUGAGGGAAUACAAGCAAUCUCAGGCCUUGAGCAAAGGCAAGGGUAAGAAUAAGAAAGACAGAAAGGCAAAGCGGGAUUCUUCAGCAGCCGAAAAUAGUAGUUUGCCUAACCGGGACACGUCCUCUGUUGCCGGAGAGCCCACCCUUUUUGAUGCGCCUGACAGGAACGCGCCCAAAGCAAAGCCGCAGAGCUCGGCCGUCGAGCCAUAUGCCAUAACGCCAGUCACCAGUGGUGCCUUGCUGACCCCCCCACCUGAAGAAGAUACUUUGGCACUGAUCGAUGUUCCGCGUGGCUACGCUCUCUAUGCUCACUUGCACAACAAGGGAUACUUCAUGAUGCCCGGCUUGCGGUUUGGAUGUGAUUACAACGUCUAUCCCGGCGACCCUUUGAGGUAUCAUAGUCAUUUCCAAGCAACUCACUAUGGGUGGAGGGAGCAGAUCAAACUACUCGAUCUUGUCACUGGUGGAAGGCUGGGCACAAAUGUCAAGAAGGCUUACUUGAUAGGUGGGGAGAUACCUGCCGGCCAAAGCCAAGCAGGAGAGGCUCCGUCCCGGGAGGACCUCGCCGUAAACAGAAAGAGCAAGGUUAUUCCGCCGGUACGAGCCUUCAGUAUCGAGUGGGCUGCUAUGUAG